UUUUCUAUUUUGACGAUCGGAAAAUCACUCUUUCACGCAAUAACAAAGUUCUGCUUACUUAAACUUUGUUUUUAUUUAAAUUUUUAUUAUAGAGCUAAAUAUCUAAGGGAUCAGAUCGCUUUUAAGUUUUCAGUAUUUUAACAAAGAAACAAACGAGUAAACUUUUUAAAAGCAGAAUACUGAAAUGAGUAAUAACAAUUGUGUAGAAAAAGAUGUCGAAAUUAAAGAAGCCGUUUGUAACAUGUAUGGAAAUGUCGCUGAAGCUAAUACAGCAGGUAAAAGUUAUGGUAACGUUGCAAGUUGCUGUGGUGCACCGGCUGAAACUGACAUAGAUUAUUCACUUCAGUUAGGAUACUCUAAAGAAGAAGCUACAAGCGUUCCAACAGGAGCAAAUAUGGGUCUAGGUUGUGGCAACCCUACUGCAAUAGCUAAUUUAAAAGUAGGUGAUUUUGUUCUUGAUUUAGGAAGUGGUGGAGGAUUUGAUUGUUUUUUAGCAGCCAAAAAGGUGGGUAGCUCAGGUCACGUUAUCGGAAUAGAUAUGACUCCAGCAAUGAUAAGCAAAUCUCGUCUUAAUGCUAAAAAAGGAGGGUAUUCAAAUGUAGAAUUUCGCUUGGGUGAGAUUGAAUAUUUGCCUGUUGCAAAUGCUACCAUUGAUGUAGUUAUCUCAAAUUGUGUUGUAAACUUAUCCACCGAUAAACUUCGCGUUUUUCAAGAAGUUGCAAGAGUAUUAAAGCCUGGUGGUAGAUUAGUUAUUUCAGACACAGUAGCAACUAAUCCUUUGCCAGAUGAAAUAAAAAACGAUUUGGCACUCUAUGCUGGUUGUAUAGCAGGUGCUAUGUCUAUAGAAGAAAUAAAAAAUGCAUUAAUAAAAACUGGUUUUGAAAAUAUAAGUAUUCAAAUAAACAAGUCAAGCUGCACGUUUCUUGAGAAAUGGACAAAUAAUGAAUGUGAUGCUGAAAAUUACAUAGCAUCUGCAAUUAUAGAAGCAACUAAACCAAAGUAAUUAAAUAUUUUUUAAUCAAUGUAUAAUUAAAGGUAUAGUUACUUUAAAUGAA